AUGUCAUCUUUUCUUAAUGUCACUUCCUCUUCUCUGAUCUUUAUCCUGACGGGAGUUCCAGGACUAGAAGUUGCUCAUGUCUGGGUCUCUAUCCCCUUCUGCUGUCUCUAUGUAACUGCCCUCUCUGGAAAUGGCAUAAUCCUAUUUGUCAUCAUCACCGAGUUGAGUCUGCAUGUAUCUAUGUACUAUUUUCUCUCUAUGCUCUCAACCACGGACCUGGGCUUGUGCAUUUCCACACUAGUCUCUACACUGGGUAUAUUCUGGUUCAACGCAAGACAGAUCAGCUUCCACGCCUGUGUUACCCAGACAUUCUUCAUUCAACUCUUUACUGUCAUGGAGUCCUCAGUGCUCCUGGCAAUGGUCUUUCGCUUCAUUGCCAUUUGUAACCCACUGAGAUAUGCUACCAUCCUGACUGACUCCAGAAUCGUCAAAGUGUGGUUUGCGAUCCUUGUCAGAGGCACAGUGAUCCUAUUGCCUUUGGCUUUGCUUCUUAAACGUCUGUCCUUCUGCCAAAGUCAUGUGCUCCACCAUUCCUACUGUUUCCAUCUGGACAUUAUCCAGCUGUCGUAUUCUGACAAUAAGAUCAACAGUGUUUUAGGGCUUACUGCCCUCAUAGUCACUGCAGGAGUGGACUCCAUCUUUAUUCUUCUCUCCUACAUCCUGAUUAUUAAGACUGUCCUAAGCAUUGCUUCCCCAGAGGAGCGGCAUAAGGCCUUUAGCACUUGUAUUUCCCACAUAGGUACUGUUGCCAUUUUCUACAUCCCUCUCAUUAGCUUGUGCUUUGACCACAGGUUUGGGAAAAGAGCCCCUCCUUAUGUGCACACUCUUAUGGCCAAUGUGUAUUUGCUUAUUCCACCAGUGAUGAAUCCCAUUAUUUACAGUGUGAAAACCAAGCAGAUCUGUAGGGCCAUUAAAAAAAUCCUCUUUCCCAAAGGAUCUGAGGUCUGA